AUGUCAUCAAAAGGACAGCAACUUUCUGCUUCUAUUUCUACAAACUUCGAUGCUGAAUUUCCUCUUACCCUUGAACCUAAAAUUGAAAAGCUUACAUUUGGAAGUAAUUAUGCUAUUCAAGGAAUUCCAUUAAGUGAAACUAUUGGUUUUUAUAAUAACACAGAUAGUACUUAUAAAUUAACAGUGACAACUGGCGAAUCACCAAAAUAUGAAUUAAGUGUUGAUGAAAGUAAGUUUACUAUUAAAAAAGGAGAACGAAUUCAAAUAAAAAUUACAUUAGUAUUUCGUCAUUAUGCUACAAUGGGAUUAACUGGUCAAGUUCAAUUUUCUUUAAAGAAAAAAUCAUUAAUGGGAGGUGAAAGUAUUCAACGAGCACUUCGUUUCCAAUUAGAAGGUGUUGUUCCAGCUUAUAAUGAAAAAGAUUUGGUAAAAUCAUCAGAUGAUGAACAAUUUAGAGUUGGAAUGAUCAAUGGAGUAUUAUCUAUGGUAAAAAAUGAAAGUGUUGUUGCAUUCAAAUAUAAUGUAAAAGAUGAAUUUGAAAAACAAGAUUAUGAAUUUAUUCAAAGUGUUUAUAGAGAUAUUCAUCAUCCAGCAAUUCUUGGUAUGGCAGGAAUUGUAUUAUCUUCAUCCACUAUUCUACUUGAUGGAGAUACAGUUACUGAUCUUCAAAGUUUAAUGGAAAAAGAAAAAAUGGCUGUUCCAUUCUUAUUAAGAUGUUGUAGUGAUUGUGCUAAUGCUCUUCUUUAUCUUUCACAACAUAACAUUAUUCAUCGUAAUGUUAAACCAAGUAAAUUAAGAAUUGUACAUCAUGAUAUUACAAAUGAAGGAAAAUGUACAGUUAAAUUACAUGAUUUAACUACAAUUUAUAAAUUAAAGAAAGGAGAAUUGAUUAAAAAAUCACCAGGAACAUACCAAUAUAUGGCACCAGAAGUAAUGGAAUUAAAAGAACAUGGACUCCCUAUUGAUGUGUUUUCAUUUGGAAUGACAAUGUAUCAUAUCUUUACAAAUGAAAUACCAUAUGGUGAUUUAUCUAAUGCACAAAUUCAACAAAAAGUAGUAAGUGGUGAAAGACUUCCAUUAGAUAAACAAUUCCCAAAUGGUAUUGCUGAAUUAAUAGAAAAGUGUUGGGAUCAAGACCAAAGUAAACGUCCACGAUUUGAUGUGAUAGUAUCUAAAUUAAAUGAUAUUAUCAAGGAUUAUUCACAGUAA